AUGUUUUUUAAUUGGGGAUAUCGUGCUAACCUUGAAAUCCAUCAGUCUACCGAUGAGAAUCUGGUUGAGCUUCCAAGGAAGAAUAACGAAGGAACUUUAAAAUUCUCCAAGUUCAUCUCAGACUUUCCUGAAGUUGAUCCUUCCAAAAAGCUUUAUUUAAAUCCCUGGUUGUUCAAUGGUAUUUUCCAAACUUUGUAUUACAGUAGUGCAGACUCUUCCCAUAGAUUUCAGAUUUACUACGGAAGAGAAAUAUUUAAGUACCACGAUGGUGGAAUCUGCUCUCUUGACUUUGUAAUCCCCGAGCCAGAAUCGAAGGAAGACUUCCAGAAAAUCUAUAAGGAAACUUUACCAGAGGGAUGGCCCAGAUUGAUGCCAAGGUCAAGAUUUUUCACCGAGGAGGAAUUGAGUGUAAGUCAGAAACAUGACCAAGAUUCAACCAAACCAAUAUGUGUAGUUAUCCAUGGUUUGGCUGGUGGCUCGCAUGAACCAUUGAUCCGUAACUUAGCUGAAAACUUGACUAGGGGAGAAGAUGAAGGUAAAUGGGACGUAGUAGUAAUCAAUUCAAGAGGUUGCUGUAGAACUAAGAUCACCUCAGCUUAUCUUUUCACUGCACUUUCCACUGAUGAUAUCAAGGAAGUUGUUAUUGAGCUUAGAAAGAGAUAUCCAAAGAGACCUAUCUAUGCAGCUGGAUUUUCAUUUGGUGCAGCUGUAUUGGGAAGAUAUUUAUCCACAGAUCAUGCGGCCCAAGAAAUCAAGGCUUCAACAUUAAUUGGAUGUCCUUGGGAUUUGAAUGAUAGCAGCAGACACAUUCUGCUGUCGUGGUCGGGAAAAUACCUUUUCAAUCCCGCCGUGUCCAGCUUUUUAGUUAAACUUAUCUCAAAUAACUUCAAGGAACUACACGAGGGACUUCCAGAUGUGUUUAGUAAAGAAAACAUGAAAGAAGCUAGGUCUUUCAAAAGAACCGUUCAGAUUGAUGAUACGUUUACAUCCCAGGCACUUGGGUUCAAGAAUGCAGAGGAAUAUUAUACUUUUGCUUCUCCUCAAAAUGUUCUUGAUAAGAUCAAAACCCCUACUCUUAUUUUGAACUCCACCGAUGAUCCAACCGUGGGUGUUAAGUUACCAAUUGAGCAGAUCGAAAAGAAUCCAUAUCUUUGUCUUGUGAAGACAGACUUGGGAGGACAUUUAGCGUGGGCCCAAUCUGGAGGAAAAUUCUGGAGUGUAGAGUGUGUUGAAAAGUUUUUCGAUAAGUUUGAGGAAGUAUACUGA